GUUCGCGUGAAAAACAGGCGGCGCGCGCUCGGAGAUCAGACCGGAGAACCGGAACCGCACAGCGACGGGACAGCACGGAGAGCGCGCGCAGCGAUUACUCAUAUUAUUAUUACCUGAACCGGGAGCGCGUGAGCGGGUUCGAGUCAGAAUCAGGAGCGGAGCGGUUCUGAACAGCAGAGAUGGGUUCUGCCCCGGCGGUGUCGGUUCUGAUUUUGGGGAUCGUGGUGCCGAGCCUGGCCGGAUAUAUCGAGGCAUUAGCAGCUAAUGCCGGGACAGGCUUCGCAGUGGCUGAGCCUCAGGUGGCCAUGUUUUGUGGAAAGCUGAACAUGCAUGUGAACAUCCAGACAGGCCGCUGGGAGCCGGACCCUUCCGGAGCCAAGACCUGCAUAGAGACCAAGGAGGGAGUUCUGCAGUACUGUCAGGAGAUGUACCCUGAACUGCAAAUCACAAAUGUGGUGGAAGCCAACCAACCAAUCAAGAUCGAGAACUGGUGCAAAAAGGAGAAGAAACAGUGCAAGGGACAUGCCCACACCGUGGUCCCAUACAAGUGCCUGGUGGGGGAGUUUGUGAGUGAUGUGCUGCUGGUGCCGGAAAAGUGCAAGUUCUUCCAUAAGGAGAGAAUGGACCUGUGCGUCAGCCACCAGCAGUGGCAUGGAGUCGCCAAGGAGGCCUGCUCUAAGGGCAGCAUGGUGCUGCACAGUUACGGGAUGCUGCUGCCUUGCGGUAUUGAUAAGUUCCACGGUACAGAAUACGUCUGCUGCCCCUCCACCCGCCCCGAGGAGCCUGCCCCACCUGCCGUGCCUGCCUCUCAGGAGGAGGAGGACGAUGAAGAUGAUGAGGAGGAAGAGGUGGAUGAGCUGGACGAAGAUGAGGAGGACGAGGCUGUAGAGGAGAGUGAGCCAGUUGUGGAACAGCCCACCCAGAAGGAUGAUGCAGCAGAGGAGGCAGAAUAUGAGGGUGAGGAAGAGGAGGAGGAGGAGGAGGAUGGGGAGGAGUAUCACUACGUGUAUGAGGAUGAGGAUGAGGAUCGGGACAGUGAGGAGCGAGAUGGGAAGAAGAAGAAGACCGCCGCUAUAGAAAAACCUGAUGCUGACAAAACUCUACAGGAAGUCAAAGCUGUGUGUUCCCUGGAGGCGGAAACGGGCCCCUGCCGUGCCUCCAUGCCGCGCUGGCACUUCGAUAUGCAGCAGAGGAAGUGCGUGCGCUUCAUCUACGGAGGCUGUGCCGGCAACCGCAACAACUUCGACUCAGAGGAAUACUGCAUGGCUGUGUGCAAACGCCUGACUGUGCCCCCGACCCCCCAGCCCACUGAUGAUGUGGACGUGUACUUUGAGACUCCGGCUGAUGAUAAGGAGCACAGCCGCUUCCAGAAGGCCAAGGAGCAGCUGGAGAUCAGGCACCGCAACCGCAUGGAACGGGUGAGGAAGGAGUGGGAGGAGGCGGAGCGUCAGGCUAAGAAUCUGCCAAAAGCUGAGAGACAGACCCUGAUCCAGCAUUUCCAGGCAAUGGUAGAAUCUCUGGAGGAGGAGGCUGCCAGUGAGAAGCAGCAGCUGGUGGAGACUCACCUAGCGCGGGUGGAGGCCAUGCUGAACGACCGCCGCCGCUUCGCCCUGGAGAACUACCUUGCUGCCCUGCAGGCCGACCCACCCAAACCCCGCCGCAUCCUGCAGGCUCUGAGGAGGUACGUCCGUGCAGAGAACAAGGACCGGCAGCACACCAUUCGCCAUUACCAGCACGUUCUCUCUGUGGACCCAGAGAAAGCUACCCAGAUGAAGUCUCAGGUGAUGACACACCUGCGAGUGAUUGAAGAGAGAAUGAAUCAGAGCCUGUAUCUCCUCUAUAACGUGCCCUACGUCGCUGACGAGAUCCAAGAUGAGAUCGAUGAUCUGCUGCAGGAGCAGAAGGCAGAUAUGGAUCAGUUCCUGUCGUCGAUAUCCGAGUCUCAGCCCGAUGUCACCGUUUCCUCAGAGGAGAGUAAAGAACUGUUUGACAGCAAGCCUUUCCGGCCCGUCCAGGUCAACUCGCUCGGCUCCCGACCUGAACCCGAGGGCGAUUUGUCUGAACCCCCUCGAUCCUUCAAGAAAGGUUCUGGAAUGAACAGUCUGGACGGGCUGAUUGGAGCAGAGGAGCGGGUCAUCAACAGCAAAGACAAAAUCAACGACAACGUGGUGAUUGAUGAGACUAUGGAUGUUAAGGAAGUGAUUUACAGUGCUGAGAAAGUCAGCAUUUUGAAUGGUGUUGAUCCUCUGUUCAGUCAUGGUGGAGACCAGGAGACGUUCCGCGACCUGGAGGAGGAGUUUAACUUCGGGAGCAGCGCUCUGAUUGGUCUGCUGGUGAUUGCAGUGGCCAUAGCAACUGUGAUCGUGAUUAGCCUGGUGCUGCUGCGGAAGAGGCAGUACGGCACCAUCAGCCACGGCAUCGUGGAGGUGGAUCCCAUGCUGAGCCCAGAGGAGCGUCACCUGAGCAAGAUGCAGAACCACGGCUACGAGAACCCCACCUACAAAUACCUGGAGCAGAUGCAGAUCUAGCACGGGCCACCAGGGGACCCUGCGGGGCCACAGCACGGUGAACGUACUACUGACCAAUAAUCAAACUGCUCUCUUCAAAUCAUUUCAUGUAUCAGAGGUGCAUAUUCUGGUUCGAUAUCAAACAGAAAUCGUUUAAUUCUGCUACUACUUCUACUACUGCUACUGCUGUUCCAUGCAGCACUUUUCGCUCGUUUCCGUUAUUACUCUUAAAUACAGCGUUUCAAACUGUUAAACAUGAAAAUAUGAUUCCGAAAUCAAUUAUCAGUCCAUCAGUACAUGAGAUUUUAAACAUGUAAUUAUUUUAAAGUUCUUUUUUUUAUGUUUAUUUUUUUUGGAAGCAAGAUUCAGAUUCAGGAAUGCAUCAUAAAUCAUACAAAAAACACAGAAUGAGUUUAACAAUCAGAACAGAGAUGCUUCCGAUUCUUUUAAUCCUGUUUUUUUUUUGUUGCUUUUAUCGUUUUUUUUUUGUUUCUUUUUAAUAGAUUUCUGCUUGUAUAUGAAGGUUCUUUGUAUCAACCUUUACCUGUAUAGUGAAUCAAACCGAGAACAUAUGAUCAAACUGGUGAAAUUAUUCAUUUACUUUCUAAUGUUUAUUAUUACAGAAAAUGCUAAAAAUAUAUGAAUAUAAAGUAGAUGUUCUAUUUCCUGUUAGGGUCGAGUUUCCAGGACGUCAGAACUUCCUGGGUCAAUAGUUUAAAGCUUUGAGAUUAAGGGGUGGAGUUUGAUUGGUCCAAAUGUAUAAUGCUGUCACCUGAAUGGCAGAGGUGGAUCAAUGGCAUGUUUGGAUUGGCUGAUGAUGAUUUGAGGCUGGGACCUCAGAAUGUUCUGAUACAACAGCAAGACUGCAUAUUAUUGAUUAAAACUGAGGGUCAACAUCACAUGAAGUAUGUGCUCUAUACACUGCAGAUUGCAAAAUUACAAAAUUUGAUAUAAUUUGUCUCUGGUAGGUAUUGUUACAAAAUUGAGAACAGUAAGGUUUUCUUUUCUUUUGUUUUAUGCAGCAAAAAAAAGUUAUAACAUGAUUUAAGCUUUAAUUUGCUAUAUGUUUUUUUUUUCUCAAAUAAAACUUUGGCACACUUUUUUUUGUUUAAAGAAAUUAUAAACUGUAAUUUGACAUUGCGAUGAUGCUGAAACAACAUAUUGUACAGCUCUAAAUUACAUCAGCUGGUGUGUUCUGGUGAUGGUCUUAUUUAUUUGGAUGAAUUAAACUGAGCCCUGAUUUAAGAUUGUGGUUACUGGUUGGAUCGAGGCAGAUAGUUAAUAAUACCUUAUUAUAAACUGAAUGUUAAUGUCCCUACAGACACACACAUACACACACACACACACACACAUUUAUAUACCAACAUUACACACAUUUAUACACGCACACACACAAGUGACUAGGAUAAUUUGAUCCCAUAAUUGAACUAAAUAUUUCAGAUUUCCAGUCGAUUAUUUCCUAUUGAUUAGCUGAACCCGUGGCUGUGCCCAGGUUGGCAUUUAGUCCUGCUGUAGGGUGGUAUACACACUGGCAGCAUUUUGCACAACCAGUCAGGCGAUGGUUAAACCCAGUGAGAGUGAGGACGGAACUGGAACCCCAGCGGAAGGUGUGAGCUGGAGUCAGGGCAGGGCGGGGCACGGGGAUUAGGAACGUCACUCCGAGUGCAAAACUCUUGUAUCUUCACUCCAAGACAUAAAAAAAACUAAAAUAAAAAUCAGCAUCCAAUCAUCGGGUUUAUUUGGUUCUUAAGUAGCGUCUUUGUAAUGCCUGUAUAGUUGAUGUUGCAAUCAUGACUUCUCUGGAGGACGACCUGUGGUGUGCUUUGUUCUUCUAUAUAAAACGAUACGAUAUAUGAUAUGAUAUGAUAUAUAUAUUUUUAAGUUGUUUUUCUAUUUCUUUCCUCUUCCUGUGACAGUAUUUCUGUACGUGACUGUCUCACUAUGCACCCGAACGGCUUCGAUCUGAACCCUGUAACUGCCUGCUGGAUUAUGGGAUGGGGAGGAGGGGCGAGGGAGACUAAUAUCAGAUGCAUAUAUUAGUAGUAAAAUAUGAUUGACUCCUAUGGAAAUGGCUUUAUGGUUACAAGCGGGAAACACAUCAAUAAACUCACUACUUCCAUAAAUAA